AUGGUAGUUCACGAUACUGAUUUAGAGACUCACGUUCCGUCGGAUAAUGAAGACACGGAGCUGGAUCCGAGUUUAUCCGAGGAGCAGAAAGAAGUUCUUAGGAAAAUGAAAGCCAUUAAUAGGGCAAACGAGCUCGACAGUCGUUCGGUAUCCGGAACAGGAAGCAAGCGCUCAGCUGACUCGUCUGACAGCUUCAGCAACUGCGAGGUGGUACCGAGCCAGCUGGGCGACGAAACCGAAGACCUGUGGGAAAUUUGGGCGUAUCUCGUGAAAAGUUGGGAGACCGAGUCUAAAAAGCAGGCAGCGAUGUUGAAGCAGUUGGUUCGCCAAGGAAUUCCAUGUCAUUUUCGCACAUUAGCAUGGCAACUACUUUCGAACGCCAAAAUCGAGGCGGCCCACGAAAUGUAUACCGAAUACAUGCGUGGUAACUCACCGCACGAAAAAGCGAUUCGCCGCGACAUAUCCAGAACUUUUCCAGAGCACGAGUUUUUCCGCGACAUUACUGGCGCCGGGCAGCAGAGCUUAUUUAACGUGAUGAAGGCAUACAGUUUGCACGAUAGAGAAGUCGGAUACUGUCAGGGAAGCGCUUUUGUCGUUGGUCUGUUACUUUUGCAGAUGCCUGAGGAAGAGGCGUUUGCUGUUCUGAUUCAGCUGAUGGAAGAAUACCGUUUCCGUGAAUUGUAUAAGCCCGCAAUGACUGAACUCGGACUCUGCAUAUUCCAGCUAGAAUGCCUUGUUCAGGAGUUCAUGCCAGAUCUUCACACACAUUUUCAAAAUAUGGGUUUUGAUACAAGCAUGUACGCUUCUUCCUGGUUUCUGACUCUUUUUAUCACUCAGGUAUCGAUCGAUUUGGCUUCUCGAAUAAUGGAUGUGUUUAUUUCAGAGGUAAGCACUUUUGUACUUCCCAUCCUGACUCCUUGCGAAGUGCGGAAAGGUAUGGACAUCAUAUUUCGAGUUGCGAUUGCAAUUCUUCAGCUAUGUCGUGUUGAUCUGCUGAAAUUGGACAUGGAGGGGAUGUUGAGGUAUUUUCAAAAAGAAGUUCCAGAAAAGUUUGUCGAAGAUCACGAGCUGCUCAUGACUACGGCUUAUAACGUCAAGUACAACCCGAAAAAAUUCAAAAAAUUGGAAAAGGAUUAUUUAAACAAACGAAACAAGGAUCAAGAAGAAGCCGUGGAACUUCGGGUAUAG